AUGCGUCUUAUUCUUACCGGGGCCACAGGCCUCGUUGGAUCCGGAGUUCUAAACCACAUUCUUAAUCUUCCACCCGGCGAAGUCUCGCGCCUGUUUAUUCUGAGUCGCAGCCCGGUUCCAAUGGCGGAGAAUAAGCCUAACGUCACUGUGAUCGAGCACAAGGACUUUAACGAAUACUCUCCCGAGUUAUUGGAACAACUUCGCGGCGCGGAUGGGUGCAUUUGGGCCCAAGGAAUCUCGCAGUCACAAGUAUCAAAAGAAGAAUACCGUGUAAUCACCUAUGACUACCCCCUAGCGGCCGCGAAGGCAUUCUCGGGGCUAUCAUCCUCGUUCAAAUUUGUCUAUGUCUCCGGCGAAGGCGCAACGCAAAAUCCGGGCAGGUUCACCCCAAUCUUCGGCCGGGUCAAAGGCGAAGCCGAAGUUGCUCUUCUGGCGCUUGCAAAGCAAUAUCCCAGCCUGAAGCCCUUCUCCGUGCGCCCUGCCUUUGUGGACCCCGCGCAUGACCCAGAGGUCCUUAAAGUAGUCAUGAAACGGCCUGAUCAGCAGACGCUGCUCAAAAAGGGCAUGCAUUCGCUCCUUGGACCUGUGGUUAGGGCGACCGCGCCGGGGACUGUUUCUCCGACAGAGUAUCUAGGGAAGUUCUUAACAGAUUUGGCGAAGGGCAAUGGGCAGCCGUUGGAAGGAAAGGGGGUUACCGGGGAGGGAAGGAUCAUCAACAAUGUGGCUUUUCGGAGGGAGGUGGGGAUCUGA